UUGACAAGUUAUAGAGAGAGAGAGAGAGUAGAGAAGCAUAAGAUCAAUAAGAAACAAUGAAUGAAUGAAAAAAGCUUUGUGUGAUUUGUCAACUUAAAUAACAGACACACACAACACAAACCCAUGAAUAUAGCUAUAACUAUAAAUCUUCCUUAAUUUCUCCGCCCAUUUUGCUUCUCAUUAUAAAUAAAUUCCUAAGCUUUUUCUCUUGCACUUCAUUUCCAUCAUUCUUGGGUUUAUCAAAUGGCUACCCUUUUUCAGGCCACCCAAUUGUCUGUCUCCAACAAGUUCCCUCUUCCUUCACAUAGAUCCCUCUCAGAGAGGAAAGCUAGCCUGUUUGUUGUCAGAUCUGAUUCAAGGGUGAGCCAGGUCCUGAACACAGGAGCUCGUAAGCAUGAAUUGUUGGUGACUAAUGCAGUUGCAACAAAGGGAGGCAGUUCUGUGGCUUCUACAUCGAAACCUGGGCAUGAACUUCUCCUUUUUGAAGCCCUACGUGAAGGUUUGGAGGAAGAAAUGGACAGGGAUCCUUGUGUAUGUGUCAUAGGUGAAGAUGUAGGUCACUAUGGAGGAUCUUACAAGGUGAGCAGAGGCCUGGCCACAAAGUUUGGUGACCUCAGAGUUUUGGACACUCCUAUUGCUGAGAACUCCUUCACAGGCAUGGGCAUUGGAGCUGCCAUGACUGGUCUGAGGCCAAUUGUUGAGGGCAUGAACAUGGGAUUUCUACUUUUGGCAUUUAACCAGAUAUCUAACAAUUGUGGCAUGCUCCAUUACACUUCUGGUGGCCAGUUUAAAAUACCAAUUGUCAUUCGUGGGCCUGGUGGAGUUGGGCGGCAACUUGGAGCAGAGCACUCACAGCGACUAGAGUCAUAUUUUCAGUCAAUCCCUGGAAUUCAGAUGGUGGCUUGCUCAACCCCUUACAAUGCCAAGGGCUUGAUGAAAGCUGCAAUACGAAGUGAUAACCCUGUGAUACUUUUUGAGCAUGUUUUGCUUUAUAACCUCAAGGAGAGAAUUCCAGAUGAAGAGUAUGUAUUGUCACUUGAAGAAGCUGAGAUGGUUAGGCCUGGGGAGCAUGUCACUAUAUUAACCUAUUCCAGGAUGAGGUAUCAUGUCAUGCAAGCUGCCAAGACAUUGGUGAACAAGGGGUAUGACCCUGAAGUAAUUGAUAUCAGGUCUUUGAAACCAUUUGAUCUUUACACAAUUGGGAAUUCAGUGAAGAAGACACAUCGUGUGCUAAUUGUAGAAGAGUGCAUGAGGACAGGUGGAAUUGGUGCUAGCCUGACAGCUGCUAUUACUGAAAAUUUCCAUGACUAUUUGGAUGCUCCUAUCGUAUGUUUGUCCUCUCAAGAUGUGCCUACCCCAUAUGCUGGAACAUUGGAGGAAUGGACAGUGGUUCAACCUGCUCAGAUUGUGACAGCAGUUGAGCAGCUUUGCCAGUGAUUGCUACAAAAACACGUGCAAUUAGGAUAUGCUUUUUGGUAAAGCUACUGUGCUUGUCAAAUUAAGCUAGAACCAUCAUCACGAUUUUAUCUUUUGCCUAUUUUUAUGUCACUUCUAAAUCCCUAUAUUGUAAUAUCUGAUAUCCUUUACAAAUUUUUUUUUGAAGAAUAUUUAGAACUGUUAACCCAAUCCAAGGCUUUCUUAGUUGGUGUAACUGCAUUUUAUGUAGUGUGUAAGAUUUUGGUAAGUCCUAUAUAAAAGGGGAGGUAUUUGUAAUCGAUGCUGAAGCCAUCAAAUGUCUGUUAUAGGCCUUGUUCAUUUUGAAUUCACUUGGAUGGGUGAAGUAGUUUGUUUUCUUGGAUUUUGAAUAUGUUCUGUUCUACUC